ACGAAUGUUACGGUGUAUCAAAGGUUGCGGUGUAACGAAUGUUACACCUUGAGCGGUGGCUCAAGGACACCGAAGGUUGUCCCAGCGGCAAAACUGCGAAUCCGUUCCUCUUCCUCCCAUUUGGAUUUGGACCUCGGAUGUGCAUCGGACGCCGGAUGGCCAUGAUGGAGAUGGAGAUGAUUGUGGCGAGAGUUACGCGCCAAUUUGAGUACCGCUGGAACUAUGGCGAGCUGCACAUCUUGAGCGCGUUGGUCAACAUUCCGAAGAACGAGCUGCGCUUCCAGAUGACCGAAGUUGAUAGUUAGACACGACCAACAGCUGUUUAUCACCUCAUAAGACCUGAGGUGGCGCACCCCAGCGCAAAUGAUGUUAUAAAAUGUAGCUAAUAAUGAGGUGCAUUUAAGUUCCAUAAUUAUUUAAUUACAGCCAAAGCAACGUCGAGCAGCACGUGAAGAGUACUGCAACUGCAGCACUCUCUGUUCAGCAGGGAGCUACCGGAGGCCGUGUAAUUAUCUUUGCCAUCGUGGUCGUCGUGCCCUACGGGGAGUUGCUCACUGCUGGGAGGAUCUCUAUCAGGCGUGAGGGAUCUCCGGUUUCUGCAAUAAACACGUUGCGCGCUGACUAGCAUAACAAUUUAUUUAAUUAAAUUACGCUGAGAAAUUCUCUACCUAAGGUUUGUCGUCUUAUUUUUGAAAAUAAAAAGGUGAUAAAAGGUC